GCGUGAAGCCUGGCUGGCCUUGUUUGUAUACCCGGGCCCCUCCCCCACAUCCAUUAUUUUGCGCACAAUGCAUAAAGGUCCUGUAAUAUUGAAAGUCACUCAUCCGUGAACCGAAAACACCCGAGACGAGAAUUUGUGGGAAGGCCCUAUCAGAAUGCCGUUCGACUACCGCUUUACCGGAUUCUAGUGAUCAAUCCUUAGUUUAGUAAGAGCAGUCGGGUUUUGAGUGAUGAAUUCUCACGACGUUUCGAUGAAGAGGUGGGCGGGGCGCGUGGCUCUAGUUACCGGUGCAUCUUCUGGUAUCGGUUGGGAGAUCGCUCGGAAUCUAGUCCAGCACGGAAUGAAAGUGAUCGGAUGUGCACGCAACGUUGUAGCAAUUGAGGAGGAGUCUACCCUCCUCAAGGAGUCCCAAUCCCCUGGUCUUCUCUACCCGAUAAAAUGCGAUCUGUCUCAGGAAAAGGACAUUCUGGCCAUGUUUGAUGUGAUUUGGAAGAAGUUCGGAGGCGUGGACGUCUGCAUCAACAACGCGGGGUUAUCUCAAGCGGCUAGUCUUCUCGAUGGGGACACCAAGAAAUGGAAAAACAUGGUUGAUGUCAACAUCCUUGCAGUGGCGAUAUGCACCAGGGAAGCUGUUAAACAGAUGGCCCAGAAAGGAGCCGACGACGGUCAGGUCAUCAAUAUUAAUAGUCUUUCGGGUCACAAGGUGACACAGAAUAGAGACAGCCAUUUCUACACGGCCACCAAGUUUGCCAUGACGUCGAUGACGGAGGGAGUACGGCAGGAACUCAGGGAGAUAGGAUCUAUGAUCAGAAUUGCUAGUAUAUCACCUGGCAUUGUGGAGACAGAGUUUUUAUCUAGGAUGUACCCCGACAACCCUUCCAACCCUGCAGCAUUAUACAAGUCAAUGCAGUGUAUACAACCAGAACAGAUUUCGACCACAGUGCAGUACAUUAUGGAGUUGCCACCGCAUGUGCAGGUUCAUGACGUUCAAAUCAGACCGACAGAACAACGGAACUGAGUAGACCACUCAGAAGUCUACAGAAGCAGUACUAGUUAACCUGUAAGAG